AUGUCACCUCAACAUCUCAAGCCCUCCCUCCCACCGGGAGCGCCUGGAGGUCGCUGGCAUAGUGGCCGCCAUGGAGGGGGCCUCAAACACCAGGUGUGGAAGCCCCAAACACCGAAACAGCCCAAACAGGAGCAGCAGCAGCAACAGCAGCAGAAGCAGACUGAAGAGUGUACUGAUGCAGCAGCAGCAGCACAAACUCCCCAACACCCACCGGAAGCAGUUUCUGUAGGCGAGCUCGACUUCGGACCUCCUGCAGAUCUGUGCCUGAAGGAGGGCUCCUUCCCCCCUCAGUUGUUGCAGCAGACAGCUGCUGUAUCCGGCACUGCUACUGCUGCAGCUGCAACACCGAAUCUUCCGCAGCCUCAGCAGCAACCAAGCUUUUGCUUGCCUCCCCCUGCCGCAGAUGGGCGCAGCCCCAGCAGCCCUCGGCGGAAACAACGUGAAGAGAGUACAGAUAGCGUGUGGCCUCCGCCGUCCAAAGCAACUGAAACCGCCAAGAAGCUAAACGGCCGGGGCUUUCUUCAUCAGCAGCGGCAGCAGCAGACGGCGAAAGAAGCACCGGAGAGCGACGCCUCUUUCGGCUGCGAUGCAACGCGAUCUGUCAACAGUCCUCCUGCAUGUAGGGCCCCCCCAUCUUCUCCUGCCUCAGCUGCUCCUGUAGACGUGGAGGCAGGAGCAGGGCAUUCUUCGAACACAUCAGCAGCUGAACCCGCCGAAACAGAAGCAGCAGCGGCAGGCAUCCGCGCUCCCCCCGGACUAAGCGGCCCCGACGUGCAGACCGCGUUGAUUCGAGCGUCUUUCGUAGGCCGCACAGACGUCGUGAAGUUGUGCCUUGAACGAGGUGCUUCUCCUGCUGCAACAGACGACAAAGGGCGCACCCCACUGCACUAUGCUGCGGCAACUGGACUGGCGCAUGCGGUGUCGCUCAUGCUGCAGUACGCCGCUAAGGCCGAGGAAACACAGCAGCAGAAGGGAGGCCUUGCUGCAUUUGUUGAUAUGCCGGACAAAAAGAGAUGGACUCCGCUACUAAUUGCCGUCUCGAAGGAACACGAGCCCUGCGUUCGCCUCCUUCUGGACGCAGGCGCAAAUCCCCAACACCUCCUGUGCCACCGCUGCGCCCCCUGCAGAGGCAGCGGCGUCAGUGCUGCAGCAAAAAGCACCUCCGAAGCUGCAGCAGCAACGGCAGCAACUGGUGUGCCAACAGAAACAGCAGCAGAAGCAACUCAGCGCUUUGUAUCAGCAGACUGUCAAGAAGAAACGACCCGCUUACUGGUCACUAACAGCACCUCCAAUGAUAGCAGUGCCAGCCGCAGCAACAGCAGCAAAGCCAGCAGCAGCAACAGCAGCAGUGCAAGCAGCAGCAGCAGUGCCAGCAGUAGCAGCAGUGCCAGCAGCAGUAGCAGUGCCAGCAGCAGCAGCAGCGAAGGGUCCUCUCUCCAGACGUGGAGCGCAGCAAUCCAUUUUGCUGCUAUCAAGGGCAACAUUCCCAUAUCCGAGUUGCUGUUGCAGCACGGCAGCACAGUUAACGACUUGGACUCCGACUCAAGGCCCCCACUGCAUUAUGCGGCGUGUCGUGAUAAGCCGGAAUAUGUGCGGUGGCUUCUCCAACGAGGAGCUCUUCCUGACUUGCUAGACAUAAACAAAAGAGGGGCGUUUCAUGCAGCAGCAACCCGAGGCAACUUGCAGGUGGUGCAGCUGCUGCUGGAAGCAACCCCACCCACGGCGCUGCUGCGGCUGCUGCUGCAGCAAGACGUUUGGGGCUUCACAGCAGAGGCCCUUGCCAGACUUCACGGCCAUCGUCCUAUGCACUUGCUGCUGAAGUCGUACAGAGAAGCCAUGGAGUCUCAAGUGGGCCUGGGGGAUGCUGCUACUGCAGCAACCUGCUGCCCCGUGGGGGCCCAAGGCCUAUCGGACAGCGCCGUCUCCGCUACUAUCGUUGAAGUCUUGGCCACAGGCCUUCAAGAACUCAAGAAGGCCAAAUUGCUGCGCGCCGUGCAGCGCCUCGGAACUCUGCCCUGCCUGAAGGCAUAUCAACACACGCUGGUGAUUCAAGCCUUAGGUGGCAUGACAGUGGCCGACGGGAGCCGGCGAAAGACAGCGGGUGGCGUCUUCUUCACGGUUUUGGGUGAAUAUGCAAAAGAAGGACACAUUUCGAAAGAAGACCUAGCCUUUGUCAAUGCUGUAGGUUCCCACACCGCUGUCCUUUUACCUCGCGCCGCUCUUGUGCACCAGGCAGCAAUAGCAACUAUAGCAGUACCUCCCCUUGCGUCUGAACCGUGCCUGCUGACUUCUGUGCUUCAGAGGUGUACGUACACCCCAGACUGCUUGCGCUGUGAUGCUCCACAGGAGGACUACGAAACCCACAAGGCAAUGAGGCGCAGACCCAGACCCACUGUGGAAGCUCCUAUCAGGCCAGCCCUUGCUGCUGCUCCUGCUGCUGCUCCCGUUGGAACUGACGCGGCGGUCUCGAGAACAACGCUGCAAGCAAAACAGCAGCAACACUCGCAGAGGCAGAGGCAGCAGCAAAACGGACAGCAGCAACAGCAGCAACAGCAACAGAGGCCAACUAAGGGUCAGAAGCAGCCGCAACAACGUGGUCCUACAGAACGCCAGCAGCAGCAGGAGCAGCAACAGCAACCACAGCAGCAGCCACAAAAGCAGCAGCAGCAGGAGCAGCAACAGCAACCACAGCAGCAGCCACAAAAGCAGCAGCAGCAUAAGCAACAGCAACAGCAGCAACAGAGGCAGCAGCAACAGAAGCAGCCGCAGCAGCAGCCACAGAGGCAGCAACAGCAGCAACAACAACUGAAGCAACAACAGCAGCAGCAACAGAAGCAACAACAGCAGCAGCAACAGCAACAGCAGCAACAACAGCAGCAGCAGCAGCCGCAACAGCAGGCCCGCCUGAAACAGCAACAGCAACAUCAACAACGCAAGCAGCAGCAGCAGCAGAGGCAAUUGAAAAACGAGGCAUGUGCCUCAUCAUCUCCUCCUGCGGUCACCCGCGCUCUCCCUGUAGCUUCGAGCAGAGGCACUCAGGGUUCUGUCCAAUCUCCCGCUACCAGCAACAGCAACAGCAGCAGCACGGCAUCAACCCCACCUGGUUCUGCGGGCCCUCAACAGCAACCGUUCGCCUACCCUCUGUUCCCCAUGAACGCUUAUUGGCCCAUGGGGCUUCCGGGGCCGCUAUCGCCACCCACAAACAUGAGCAAAGCCAAUGGCAACUCGUGGAAUCCAGUUGUUGCUGCUGCUCAGCAGCAGCUCGCAGCUGCCGUGGCUGCCUCCUCCGCUAUGAACUUCUCAACACCGUCGCUCACCAUGCAGCAGGCAGUUGCUGCUGUUGCGCAGCAGCAACAGCUGCAACAGGCUGCGUUUGCUGCUGCAGCAUUCCCUGCAGGGUUCAAGCAGCAACAGCAGCGGCGCCAUGCUUCAUCCGCACCUACACAUCCCAGGAGGCAACAGACGCACAAAAGUGCAGGAGCUGUAGCAGUGGCAGCAUCAGAAGACGCCGAAGAGCCCCAACAGCUUGCCAAGGGCACCAGAAGGGGCAAAGGGGACCACUAUGCCCAGCAGCAGCAGCCGACAUCAGCACAAACGGACACGCAAAUGCUGCUGGAGAAAAUACGUCAGCAGCAGCUUCAACUACAGCAGCAACAGCAACAGCUGGAACAGCUGCAGCAGCAACAGGUUGAACAGCGGCAGCUGCAGCAACAACAGUUCCAACAGCAGCAGUUUCAGUUGCGGAACACAUUCGCAAGUGGCGCGGGACCGCAGCAGCGCGACCGGCUUGGGGGUGGCCCUAAGGGGACUCGGUGCUUUAGGGGCCCCCGUCGCUAG